AUGUUCGCAGAUGAUUUAACAAUGUUAUCGCGCCUGAAAUCCGGGUUAGACAGGAUGCUAAAGACUGCAUGGAAAUACAGCCAAAAAUGGAGAUUUAAUUUUAGUGUUACGAAAACAGUUAUAUUAAUAUUUGGAGAGAGCCAGCAAGAACACGAAGCAAACAAUAGGUCGAGAGCUUGGAAACUUGGUUCCCAGAUUUUAUCUGAAAAGGGGUCGUGGUCAAAUCUCGGAAAACUUUGGCUUGCAAAUAGAGACAGUAAGGAAAUCGUUUCAAAAGCAACAUGUGCGGGUAGAGAAGUCUGUUUUAUGUUGAUGGCUGUUGGUACUCGCUACGGAGGAUUAAAUCCUAUGGUUUCGUCUAAUUUAUGGCGUAAGAUUGGCAUUCCAAAGUUCCUGUAUGGAUCAGAGCUCUGGCAGCUGAAAAUGAACAAUUAUAUUGAGUUAGAAAAGGUCCAAAAUAUCAUGGUCAGGAUCAUGCAGGGACUAUUACCAGGAACGUCUGGGUCUGCGGCACGGGGACUUCUCGGCUUACUUUCAGUUGAAGCGGAGAUAAAUAAGCGAAAAUUGUAUUUUCUGGGAAGAUUGAUAAACAUGGGUGCCGGUGCACCAUGCCGCCGUGUCUUCUUUAUCAGGUUACUAAGGUGA